AUGAAGAACCUAGAGAUGAAGAAAUCGAGAAUGAAGAACCAUAAAAUACAGAGUACUCUUAGUUCCAUCACUCCUCAGUACUCGAAGACCCUCCUCCUUCUGAGAAUGUCCUUGAGACACAAUCGUGGGAAACCACCGAACAUAUACAACCCAGAUGAAGAAGAAAGAAAGUCCAAGUACCCAAUUGCAAAUUAUGUAUCUACUCAAGGUUUGUCCAAGCCGCUCAAGACUUUCACUCAAACACUAUCCUCCUACCAUAUUCCCAGUAGUGUUGAGGAGGCGUUAUCUGAUCCAGAGUGGGCACAAGCGAUGGUAUGCCUGGAAGAUGAGAGGAUGUUGUUGCUCCAACUGAAGAGCAUCCUCAAAUUCAAUGCUGCUGCAUCUAAUAAACUAGUUUCCUGGAGUCAAAGCGCCGACUGCUGUUCUUGGGGCGGUGUAACCUGGGAUGUCACUGGUCAUGUUGUCUCUCUUGAUCUCAGUAGCGAAUUCAUUUCUGGUGGAUUCAACAGCUCCAGUAGCAUUUUCAGUCUACAGUAUCUGCAGGGCUUGAAUUUCGCUAACAACACCUUCAACUAUUCUCAAAUUCCAUCUGGAUUCGGUAAGCUUGGCCAUUUGAUAUACCUGAAUUUAUCUAGCGCUGGGUUUUCUGGGCAGAUUCCAAUUGAGAUCUCACGCUUGGCGAAAUUGUUUACUAUUGAUUUCUCCUUCUACUUCCCUGGAGUUCCUACGCUGAAACUUGAGAAGCCAAAUCUGAGAAUGCUGGUUCAGAACCUGACAGAGCUUAGAGAACUCUAUCUUAAUGGUGUAAACGUAUUAGCACAAGGGAAGGAAUGGUGCCAGGCAUUAUCAUCUUCAGUGCCUAAUCUCCAAGUGCUGACCUUGCCAAGCUGUUAUCUUUCUGGCCCUCUUGAUUCUUCUCUGCAGAAGCUUCGGUCUCUCUCAAGCAUUCUCCUGGACAAUAACAACUUCUCUGCUCUUGUUCCAGAAUUCCUAGCCAAUUUCUUCAGUUUGACUCAAUUGCAGCUCAGUUCUUGUGGAUUAUAUGGAACAUUUCCAGAAAAGAUAUUUCAGAUACCAACCCUCCAGGUUCUUGAUUUGUCAAACAAGAAGUUACUCCAGGGUUCUGUGCCGGAAUUUCCUCAGAAUGGAUCUCUAGGAACCCUGGUGCUCUCAGAUACAAAAUUUUCAGGAAAAGUACCAAACUCCAUAGGUAAUCUCAAGAGGUUGACUAGAAUAGACCUUGCAGGUUGUGAUUUCAGUGGAGCAAUCCCAAACUCGAUGGCAGGCCUUACACAACUGGUUUAG